CAAUGUAUUGUUGACAGCUGACUUGUUUGACAAAUGGAAUUCCGAACACUUUAACAUCAUCGACUUUGAAAAGUGCGCGAAUCUGCGACGUUCGAACAAAUUUAACAAUAUUUACAUUUCUUCCAUAUUAUAAAAAAAAAUUUGUAUAAUUUUAAAAUAAAUUUUGUUGUAAAUAUCAGCAUGGAUAACACGUCAAGAGAGGAUGUUGCUUCAUUUCAAUUUCGAACAGCUCAUGAAGUACUAAGUAUUCAAUUGGCGAAGCAAAAUAAAAAACCGGCAUAUGGAGGUAUAAACUAUGGAGCACAAAGAAAAACUCACCGAACCACUAUGUCUAAAUUUGUCUUGCCUGUGAAACAAAAGCCUUCCGAUAAUGAGCGCUAUGGACCUAAAACGGUACCACCUUCUCGUAACAAUGAUCAGCCUAAGGUUGAAAUACAUGAACGAUUAGUCAACGUAGAACCUCAGAUGGUGACGCUGAUCGAAAACGAAAUAAUGAAUAAGCACGAGCAUGUGGGAUGGGAUAAUGUGUGUGGUUUAGAUUAUGCAAAAUCUAUUAUAAGAGAAUCAAUAAUAAAUCCAAUGCUGCGUCCUGAUUUGUUUACUGGUAUACGUAGUCCGCCACGUGGUAUUUUAUUAUUUGGUCCGCCAGGCACCGGCAAAACACUGAUUGGAAAAUGUAUUGCAUCGAAUGCAAAUGCUACGUUCUUCAAUAUCAGUGCAUCCUCACUGACUUCAAGGUAUGUGGGCGAUGGUGAAAAAAUGGUGCGUGCAUUAUUUGCAGUAGCUGCCGUGCAUCAACCUUCGGUGAUAUUUGUUGAUGAGAUCGAUUCAUUACUUUGCCAGCGUACUGAUAGUGAACAUGAAAGUGCCCGUAGAAUAAAAACUGAAUUUCUAAUACAAUUCGAUGGUGUGCGCACAAAGGAAGAUGAUCGUAUUUUUGUAAUUGGCGCAACAAAUAGACCACAGGAUUUAGAUCACGCUAUGCGUCGACGCCUGGUUCGACGUCUCUACAUACCGUUGCCAGAAUUAGCAGGGCGUAUAAAUCUUAUUUCCAAUUUGUUCAAACCCAUUGAAAACGAUUUAAACGCUAAUGACCUGCUGGAAAUUGGUAAAUUAACAGAAGGUUAUUCUGGAGCUGAUUUAAACAGUUUAAGUCAAGAGGCAGCAAUGGGUCCAAUUCGAGCUAUACCAUUUGAUCAAUUUGCUACCGUCGGAAAAGAUAUGGUUCGACCCGUUAAUAUUGAUGAUUUUAAAGCGGCCUUAGAUCAUGUGCGACCCAGUGUUACCGAGGAAGAUAUAACAAGUUUUGUCGAAUGGAAUAAAUUAUAUGGUGCAAAAUAGUAUAUGUUUUUUCAUAUUUUAACUAAUAUAUAAGUUAUUUUCGUUUAAGAUAUUAUAUAGUGAAAUUGUAUGUCGUUAUAAUUUGUGACAAAGACAAUGCCCUCCAAACAUGAGGGUUUUAUAGCGUUAAUAAUUGUGUCAAAGAUUACAUAUGUAUGAUACAUCGACAGUAUUUUUAAGUAUUGAUUAUUUUUUAUAUUUGAUUA